AUGGCCACUCGUAGCGCCGCUCUCAAGGUCGACUGGGCCAAGUUGACCAGCUCCCUCGGACUCCGCGGCCAGACCGCUGCUUCCCUCCAGGCCUUCAAGAAGCGUAACGACGAUGCGCGCCGCAAGGUUCAGAUCCUGUCUGAGCAGGCCCAGACUGUCGACUUCGAGCACUACCGCAAGGUCCUGAAGAACCAGGCCAUCGUCAACGAGAUCGAGAACCACUUCAAGAACUUCAAGCCCGCCACCUACGAUGUCAGCCGCCAGCUGAAGGCCAUCGAUGCUUUCGAGGCCCAGGCCGUCAAGGGCGCUGAGGAGACCAAGGGCAAGGUUGAGUCCGAGCUCCGCAGUCUCCAGAAGACCCUCGAGAACAUUGAGACCGCCCGUCCCUUCGAGGACCUCACUGUUGAUGAGGUUGCCGCCGCUCAGCCCGAGAUCGACGAGAAGACCGCCUCCCUUGUCUCCAAGGGCAGAUGGAUGCCGGCUGGUUACAAGGAGCGCUUCGGCGACAUGUCCGUUGUUUAA